AUGUACGAUAUAAUUUGGGUAUGUGACCGAGAAAGUAAUUUGAAAAAAGCAUUGGAAAAAUACACAGUUGUACAUUGCGUUGCACAUCGAUUGAAUAAAGUUUUGCAACAAACAUUUUAUCAAGCUGAAAUGAAUAAAGUAAAGAAUGAUGUAACAUUUGGUGAUAAUUACAUUGAUUCAGCGGAAGAUGAAGAUGAUCAAAUGAGUGAAAGUGAAAGUGAAGAAAUUGAAGAGUCCUUCGACGAUGAAGAAUUAAUUGAUAAACAAACCAAAGCUUUUAAUGUAUCCAAAAUAUCUAGUUCGAUUAAUCCAAGUGCCACUCUCUCUCAACUAUCGGCCGAUGCAAAACGUGUUUUAGUAACGAUUAUCCACUGCAAGCAACUUGUUAAAUAUAUUAAGAAGGUAAAUUUAAAUCAAGAACUCGAAGAUAGAGAUGCAAGAGUUUUAAUUCAAAGUACCAUUGUUAGGUGGCUAUCGUUAUAUUAUUGCUUAGAGAGUGUUCGACAAUUUCUAAAUCUAUUAUCUGAAAUAUUUGAUGAAAAAAAAUGGAUAAAAAACGAAUCAACCUAA